AUGAUGAAAUUUCAGUUGACACAAAGAUUUUGGUUCCUUGUAUUCAUUAUAUUGAAUUGUUUUGUUGCCGUAACAAGUUUUAUAUUAUUUGUAUUAAGUAUAAAAGCCGAGGAUAAUCUACUUAAAUAUAAAUUAAUAUUACAAUAUACAAUACCAGCUAUUUAUCCAACAGGAAUAUUUACAGGAAGUCUUGGUUUAAUAACAGCAUGUUUAGGAUUUUUUGGAUUAUGGAAACAAAUGAAUAUUUUAUAUCUUUUACAUGUAAUUUGUUUGUCCUUAGCAACAAUCAUCAAUCUAUGUAUAGCUAUUGUAACACUGAUAACUGAUCAUCAAUUUUUUAUAAAUGCUAAACAAGCAUUAAAUACUACUAUUAAAUAUUAUUAUAAGAAUGAUGAAUAUGCAGAUGAAUUUGAUGAAUUACAUAGAAAAUUUUUCUGCUGUGGAGUUAAUUCGUAUGCUGAUUUUAAAAAAGCUAAAGUAUUAAUACCAUUCUCGUGUAGAGUUGGUCAGUAUGUUUAUGCAAGUGGGUGUUUUGAUGAAUUAAGUGAAUACGUACAAUAUUAUAUAACAUUAUUAACAUCAAUUUGUUUUACUACAUCAUUUAUCUAUGCUGUAUUCAUAGGUGUAGCAAUUAGAAAUCUUCGUAAAUCAAUUAAAGCAAUAAAUUCAUCUUCAUAA